AUUCAUAGCGCAUUGGUACGGUUUUGGCCUUAUCUCCCGGUGCUCCAGUGCUAGUGGAACCGUUUGGAUUCUGGACACUCUGGGACACCCUGCGGAUUGUCGACCGGGUUGAAUUACUGUGCAAAGGAUUGUUGCGAGGCGUCCCAACUGGCGUUAACCGGAAACCCCGAGUGGAUGCUGGGACGUAACAGGCAGCAGCAAGUUCUCGCAUGGAAUGUGCUCCUGAGCGUUCUGCAUCCGUUUGUUCGAUAGAGGGGAGAAGAUAAUUUAAUUAUUCAAAAGCGCGCGUGUGUGACUCGAUUAUGGGAUGCUCUCUGGUGCGCUGUAGAUGUAAACAGGGGAUGAUGAUGUGAGAAAAAACAAAACCAAAAAAAAAAAAAAGUGCCACAAUGUGAAAAAUCACACUCUCGAGGGUAGAACAUUUAUUGAGCGUUAUCGAAAGACGCAUCCUGAGUUGGGGCGAAAUAGCUAUAUUGGAUGUGUACGUUAUCUCGACCUUGGAAUAAAGUGGAACGGAAUUCCAUCAUCGUCUGCGCUAGAAGAUUGGAACGAUGUUAUGUAAACAAGUGAUUUGAUUACAAGUGAAGUUCGGUAUCGCAAAGUGUGAUUGCUUCCAGCAGUGUGCGGAAAUUCGUCAACACAACAGUUGAGAAUAUAUGCGAGUAUUGCUCUAUCGACGCAAUUUGUGAAAAAAAAAAUCAAAAGGACAAUCGACAUUGCGAUAACGUGCUAUUGAAUCGACUGAAAAACGACCCAGAAAGGUCCUUUGAAGUUUGACAAGUGGUCAGCUUACACCAAUCGUUUCCAGCAAAGCUGCUUUACCCGCGUGUGAUUGUGUGUUCGUGUGGGCGUAUUAGGUUCUGAUCCCGACGUUAUAAUACGGGUAAAUCGUUCUGAGCCGCCAGCUGCGUCCUCCAUGUAGGAUUGUGGGAAAAUAAUUCUCCGAACAGACUUUUCUGCUGUCAUCGAAACUUUCCACCCACGGAUGGCCAAUCGUUCCAUAUCGUACUGCUAAUAGAAUCUGAUUCACUGGAAACGAGCGGAAAUAGGAAUUUCCGUCGGGGCCGUUGAGCUCCAAAUAACGAAAUAAUCUCGGAGAAGAAUUUUUUUCUGUGGACAUUCAGAAUUGUGCAAAGUUCAAUCGUCUUACUCGGUGCUAUUUGAGUUGGCCCAAAAUCUGCGCGCGUGAGUGUGUGUGUGUUUGUGUUGGAAAAGCGUUGAAGAAUUGCCAACUCCCUCCCGGAAACUGCGGUAGGGAAAGUGAAAGUUUCCAACUUAUAUUUCUCUUGUUUGAUAUCGGCAAAGGGUUUCUGUCGCCCUUUCCUAUUAGACACGCCACAUCUGUGACAUCGUGUAUGGGUGAAAAUCAACCGAAAGGAGCGAAAAAAAAGCAGGAGAAAAAAGUAAUAACAGACGAAGGAAUUUGUAAUUUCUUGAUUAGGGUAAGCGCUAGGAGACACAAAGCGAAUGAAAAGUUCGGAGAAGGAUUUUGAACUCGUAGGACAGCGUGUGACGGAGAAGGACCGGAGACGCAGUUUGCUCAAGAAUAUUCAUUUUCGAAAAGUCUGUGUGUGUGUGCUCUGGCUGGCUGCAGAGCUUGAGGACAAGAAAUAGGUCCCAGCGGAUAGCUGUCCUUUUUGAUUUUGGAGCGAAAGUUUCGCUAAGCUCGACAGAUUUCGGAAACCAUACGGGCCGCCAGGCCAGGGAUAUCAUUGCCGGCUACUUACACUUUGAACAUUCUGCUGAAGACAAUACCAACUCGAGUAGAGGAAUCGAUGGAUUGAAUUGAAGCACCCUCUGAACGAUGCGAAAAUCCGCCCCCGUUUGAGUGGACAGGAUCAGGAAGGGAUGGAAUCUGCGGAUUUGCGGAUUGGCCGAAUAUCUCCGUCUAACAAUCUCGUGAAGCCGUCGCCGAUAUCCGCUCAUAUUUCCGAAAAUGGCGCUCCUUUGUCCUUUCGGUCCAUACUUGAGCUAAUUCUUCGAACAUUCGGGCCGACUAUUGGCUGUCCAUUUGAUUAUAGCCGUCGGCGUCUGGAUUAAAUUGACCCUUUCGGCGGGACGAUAGGAGCUAUCCGAUAAGAACCCCAUAACUGUCUCCAGCAGGCACUUUCCACAGCAGCAGACUGAGAAAACAAAACAAAAACAGAGAAAAAAGAAACUAGACAACAUAAGUAAAAGCAUCUGAGCCGGCGGCACAUCAACGCUCUGGCCAUCUCUCCGGCAUCUAGUGAAGCCUUCAGGAGCGAGUUAAAGGGAAAAAAGAAGACACUCUGACGGACCAUCAUCAUUAUCGGAAAUCCCACGAAGGCCCCUCAAACCAAUGCUUUGGAGCAGUGGCCGACGGAGACGGCGACUGGAGCCCCCCUGUGGGCUGGUCCAUCUAACCAAAUGGUGCACGACGCUGUUUAUCAUUUUGGAAUCUACGAACGUUGGAAGUGGUCUGAUAGCUACGACGUCACUGCCGGCGAAUGUCAUAAGCAGCAAUGCGACCACCCCCACUUUCGCUGCUGCCACCACAAGCACGGAUUCCAGCGCUCCCACGGUAAAUCCCACCUACACAGGCGAUGCAGACAAACAAGUGCUUCCACGCUUCGAGGCGCUGGUCCAACCACCGGCACGUGGUUUCGAUGAUGGCACCAUGCUAAACGCACCCGCGGCUAGCGACAGUGAUCCCUUGCUACUGCUGGGCGGAUUUCGGUUUCCAGCCCAGCUUCCUCCCGACCCGAGCCCGGCCGGGGGGAUGACAGGUGCAAAUGCUAGUGGCAGUAAAAAAUUGAUCUCACGAACUAGUCCACAGGUGGCAGUGGCGGUAGCCAGCGGCCCUGGAGACGGCACCCCAUCGCCAAUCCAGGGUCCGAAAUCCAAUCUAGUUAAUUUAGGUGUAAGCAGCAGUAGUGGUAGUAGUAAAAUUAAAAGUGCUAGCUUAAGUUUAGGGGAUAAGAGCAGUGGUGGGUCCACGGCAGGAGGCAAAUCAUCCUCCGGCCGGUCGAGUAGUGCCAGUGCGAAGAAUACGCACCGCAGCGCGGCGGUGUCAGAAGCAGAACCAGUGCCGAAUCAGGCCGAGGGGGAGUUCCGCGAAAUCGAGGGCAAUUUUAGCAAGAUGUUCUUCGAGACGGAAAACCUGACGACGAUACUGUCCCAGGUGGGCUCGAUUGCGGUGCUGCCGUGUGUGGUGCGGAACAUUGGCGAAGGCGUGGUAUCCUGGAUCCGAAGGAAAGAGCAUCAUCUGCUGACGAUCGGAAUGACAACGUACAGCAGCGACGAGCGCUUCAACAUUAUCCGCUCCGAGGAUUCCGAGGAAUGGCCACUGCAAAUCAAAUACGUUCAACUGCGGGACGCCGGGCUGUACGAGUGUCAGGUCUCAACGCAUCCGCCAACGUCAAUAUUCAUCCAGCUCGAUGUUGUCGAGGCGAAAGCGGAAAUAUUCGGUCCGUCGGAAAAGUAUCUCAAGCCAGGCUCGACGCUCCGACUGACCUGCCGUGUCGUUCAGAGUAACGAGCCACCAUUGUACAUUUUCUGGUACCACAACAAUCGUAUGAUCAAUUACGACGUCCACCGGGGAGUUAACGUGUCCACAGAAUCCGAUAACCGCUACUCGGAGCUGGUGAUAACACACACGAAUACGCUAAAUUCGGGAAACUACUCGUGCGUAUCAAAUAAUGCGGUUGCAGCCUCCACCUUGGUGCACAUCCUCAAUGGCGAAAACCCGGCGGCUAUGCAGCACGGAGACCAUGGCAGCGGGCUCCCCAUGACUGUCCACUUCCAGUUACUGCUGACAAUUGUAACAUAUCAGGUCAUCAAUUUGUUAUUAUGUGCUCAUUAAAAAUGCACACCCAAUCCGGGCACACUGACGCGAGUGCAGACCGAAAAACAACUGUAAUGUAGAUUAAACGCAUACUGGUGGAGAGCGCACCCGUGUCACCCCUCUCUGUGUCUCUUACCUGCGACUUCCGUCAGCCCCCUCCCCCCUUCCCGACAACGAGAACUGUGCGGCACUGUGUGUAAUGACAAACGUGAGCAUAAAUCAUCCUGACCAUUGCGGAAGCGAAUUCGCACGGGAGUAGUUUGUUGUAAAAUGGUUAGCGGAAGGGCGGGAGUACCAGGAUGCUCCGGUAACAUAUUUUUGUUUGCGAUUGGAGUAGCAAAAACGUGAAAAAAUAGAUCGGUGACCUGAGAUGAAAAGGGGCACAGUUGGGAAUUUGUGUUCGCAUGAAAAACUGCUGAGUCGGGAAUUCAGUUACGGACCGUUUCGGACAUAACAUUCAACACGAAACAAAUUGUUAAAUUGAAUACAUUUAUUAUAAUUUAUUGUAGCAUUGAAUUUAUGGUUUAUAGCAAAUCUGGCCCUCCAAUGUGUAUUUCUCAUGCGUUUUCUUGAUUUAAGUAGUUUUGUUGUUUUUUCUUUUUAGUAAAAUCCGAAUUAAAUUGAUAAUGCAAUUAUGAGAUCUGAGAGCGUUUGUGGUUUUGGAGACGAAACAACUAAGUUGAUAAAUCGUGAUAGAGUCAUGAUGAUUCGGAUUUCCACGUAUGUCAUCACCUUUUUCCUCUCACGUUUUUUUUUUUUGAAUAAUGUAUUUGAUUCAAUUUUUUCCCAUAAUAUGUUUCCGCGUGAAAAGUUUUGUCUUUCAAGGUGAUAGUAAAAUCAUUUCAAUUUUGAGCUACAUCUAACCUAGUACGUUAGAGCCGUAGUGGCUCGUACUGUAUCAACAAGUCGUCUCCAUUCCAGUCGGUUCUUGGCUACUCAUGUCCAGGAUCUUAGGCGUCACUAGCAAGUCGCAUUCGAUCUGAUCGAGUCACCAUGCUCUUGAAUCUUCUCCCAUCUUUUCUAUUUCUGGUGUUGGAAUAUGUACAAAAAAUAUGUUUUUCGAGCGGGUUACUGUUCAAAAGUUAUACGGCGUAUCCGGCCUACCGAAAUAUAUUGAGUUCUGCCAGAUGUGCAAUGGGACUAUCUCCUAACAAUGCGUUAAGUAAAUCGUUUCUCCGUCAUUCUCCGUCUGUACUCCACCAUAGAUGGUUUUCAGCAUCUGCUCUGGUCCUCAGGGAGUAAUGUGUUUGUCUCGAGCCAAUAGAGAACAACCGAUCUAAUCAGUGUUUUGUAUAGCGUCAACUCCACAGUGGUUCGAUCUCAGCGUCUUCCGAAGUUAAAGGUAGGCACGAUUUUCAGGUUAAAUCUCUUUGCUGAUGUUGUUAUUGGCGGUCAUUAUUGAUUUCAAAUAUACGAGUUCUUCGACCACCUCAAAGUAUUUCCAAUUGCACAGCCAUCUUGAUACAGUCGGUAUGGAAUUAAGUUGUCUCUGCGUGCACUGGUUUGACGAUUACUACCUGCUCGCGACAGUUGAUUCGGGUAAACCGAAGACGUUCAUUGCUUUGUUAAAACUAUCAGAGCGACAGAAUUAACAAGUGUAUGAUUAUGAGUAGAAGUUACAUACAUACAGAGACAGCCGAUUCAAAUUCAUACCGUUUUAUUCGCCAUACUGUUCUCGAUCAACAUUAUGUGUGUGGACACUUUGUACUCACGACAUUAUUGCGAAACAUGUCAGGUUGUUUAAAAAAUGUUUCAAUAAGUACUGUGAUACUAUCCCACGAACCUCCUGGUUAAUGCUAUAGACGUCGGAAUAGGAUUUGGGUAACGAUUUUGUAGGCGGUGAUAAUAAGCGUAAGUUGCAGUACUCCAGUUUAUCGCCUGCCUUGUUGACGGGGUAGACGACUUCCUCUAUCAUUUCUUCCGGUAAUGUUUCCUCCUCCCAAACCCUGGAAAUAAAUGAAUCGUUUGUUUGAGAAACCCCGUGAGUUCAUAUAAUGCGCUUGCGAAAAAAUGGGUGGGUUAUAUCUGUGGUAUAACCGCAAGGUUGACGUGGGACUACCUCAGCUUAGCAAUCAAUUGUUUGUAUUGAUUAAAUUUUUGAUUUAAUGAAACAAUUUCGGAAUUCAAUCGAAUUCAAUAUAUUGAACAAGUAAAUUUAAUGACAGUCCUUUUACGUUUGGUGUGAUGCCUAGAACAAAAUAUGUGAACAAAAUAUGUUAUCAAACGAUUAUUUUAUUUUACAUUUCCCUCUGAAGAUUGCAUCUCUCAAAUGUACGUUCUUCUCGAACCACGAAUUUGCUUGAUUUGAUGAACUUCAGGCACUCAGUUUCGAUUUUGACAUGUACGUCGAACGUAUUCUGUUCAAUCAAUAGGCGUUAUCGCAGCAAAUGAUCAUCAAAUUUUUACCUAAUCAUCAAAUGGUAUGCGUAGAAAUUCAGUGAACAGAAUAUAUGAAGGCAUAUCCUUCAAGGCAAUUUUGAAUAACAGAGCCAAAGCGUUGUGUUCGUACCCGCUUUUGUAAUCCGUGUUAGGAAUACACUUUUCGGAGUGCAAAAAAAAAACCAUGCGGGUACAUAAACUUGCUCGAAUCAACAACUUCAACUUCUACUUUUUAUACUAUAGAGGCUUUAAAUUUGAAAGUUCGUUCGCCUCUAAUGUCUGCACGAUUUUCUCAGGUUCCUAAGAUACCUUGGUGCUGAAGUCUGUGUUGGGGAAAUACUAUUCAGUCGGAACAAAAAUACUCUCGACUUGCAUGAAUUUGUAAUGCUACGGGCGUCGGAGGAAUGUGGCGUCAGAAGUAACAGCCGGGUGCUUAAAAUCCGAAUCUGUACAUUGGAUAUUUUUUGUAUCGGCAAUAAAAAGAUGAAGUAGAUAGAUACGUGAACGAUUGUUUUUGUAAUGCAUUCAAUGAUUGAAAACUAAUAGCGUGCAUCCAUUAACUCGAUUUGUUCACAUUUGUUAAAUAGGACCUUUUCAAAAGUUACGCGAGAAUUCAUUGAAUAAAAAAAAAUAGCAAACAUUUAAAUGGUUUUAUUGGAGAAUUUCUAUCAUGAACCUUGUUAGGGGAACCCGGGGCAAGAGUGCCACCUUAAGCUAAUACGAGUUUUUUAAUGCUCUUUUGUUAUAUUUUUUUUCCAUGUUUUUACUGGUUUGUUCAUUUAUACUCCUAUUUAUGUGUAGCUAUGCAUCAAAUUGUUCAAAAGUUAUGUUUACUAUGAAAAUGUUUCAUUUACAAAAAUGAUGUUUUUGGCUUGUAUUUUUUCCAGAACGGGGCAAGAGUGCCAACCUUAUAUAAAUAUAUUUUUUGUUGAAAAAACACUGUGAAAUUCACGGUGGUUCCAAAGAACGCAAACUCAAGUUCUGGUGGCGUUCACGAAAACCGGCAAACCAAUCUUUCUUUUUUUUCAAAUCUACAUCCGGAAUACAGGCUUUCAACUUCCUGAUGUUUUCAAUUUUCUUUAUGUUGAUCGGAAUUUUUCCAUUUGGUUAUGUAGGAUUGGCUGGGAGACUCAAUAGACCUCGUUUCGAUUUCAGAAGCCAGAAAGUACUGUUGUAGGCGUCAUGGAUGAGAUUUUUUUUCAGCCGCCAUGUCUUUAAAGUCUUCCGAGUUAGAAAACUGAUUGAACUGCGGAGGUUGAAGUGGUUUUUUUGAUCAAUGGAGGCUCACUUCCGGUCACUAUUUUCCAACAAAAUAAUUGUUUUCUGGCGUAGUUUCUCGUAGUUGUUUUGACGCUUGUAUAGUGGGAUACUUUUACGGGGAAUCGACGAAAUUUGUUGUCUAACAAGGUAAAUUACAGUUCUUAGCUUGGAGUUCCGGGAGACUCUUAAAUCGCUAGAGUACUGUCGGAACAUUCCACCCAUAAGCAUUUCCGCUGAAUGGUUUACCUAAUCCAUCCGAGAUAUUUCUUUUCCGAUGAAAUUUGAUAUCGAUCAUGUAUCAGUUCUAUUCGCUUGUAUUCUCAACCAAGCCAACCUAUCUGUAGGUUCAAUCCGCUCCUACCUCCCAGGCUGUAUCAUUCUUCCCCUUCCUAUUUUUUCCAUACCUUUCCAUUAACUAUUGCCCUUUUUAUGAUUUCCGCUUUGUAUUUUGCUGUUCGCUGAACACUACGCUAUGGAGUUUCUCAAACAAACGUGGCGACCCCGAUUUGAAGGGUUUUUUUUUUAUUAAAUCGUUUAUUUUUACAGGCUCAGUUACAUAAGUUUAAAGGAGCCAAACUCCUGACUGUAUUGUUACAAGUAUAUAUAAACAUUUUUCCUUAAUUCUAAUGUUAAUGGUGUAGAAAACCGAUUAUUGAAGGGGUUCGUAGAACUAAUUUGUUCUGAAAUUUUGAUAGUCGAUGUAGGUACCCUCAAGGACUCAAAAACUGUCAAAAAGUCAAUUUUGAUAAAUGUGGCGUUUAUGGGGGUUUCACAAAAAAACGAUUCAAAUAAGUACAGUACGCUAACAAGUGUUACUCUCACAUAUUUGUGGAGCUCAGUUCAUCCUUACUGGUGGCUUUAUUAUUCUCCAACCUUGCAAUCUACCGCUGGAUAUCGUGGAGGUCAACAGUUGAGAUCCGGUCUUCUGCUGUUGAUGCACGUAGGUCAGUUUCAUGUCUGCUUCUACUUGCUGUAUCGCCCCUCAAGUACUCAUCGAAGUGCUGCUUUUUUCCCCCUGUUGGGUGUGAACCACUGCGUCCAUUAUUUUGAACUAUUGUGGUGCUGCUUUCACCUAUCAAUCACCUCGCAUCCGUUCAUGAUCAGGUUGCCAAAUUUCCCUAACCUUUUCGUCGAAGUUCUGGCAUGGUUCAUGGGCAGCUUUUACAUUUCUACAUGACAGUCCUUUCGAGAACGGUUAGUCCUAGGACAGUCCUCCUGUUGGCCUUCUUCCAAUGCUAUUCCGUGGUCAUGUUAUUCUGAGCUCACUUGGCUUGCUUGACCAGGUUCUCUCUAGUCCAUAAGCUCAGGUAAAUCGAACAGUGACGGUUUUUCCCCUAGUGGCGCCGUCCCUGGUUUCUUGAUGGCUGGGCGGGUUCAGCACAAGCCAUCUUCGAGAGGUACUACGCCUAACAGUCUGUCAAGCAAGGUAGCGUCGCUUCGAGCAUUGUUCCUUUUGUCUGAGCCGCGAGGUUUCGCCCUGUCGCAUCUGACGUACAAUCAACAGUUUUGCGGUAGAUGUAAAACCGGUCUAUCAUCCUCAGCACACACAUCAUUUGCCACUUGAUCAUACUUCUCGAUGAAACCGACUUGCUUGUUAUGCCAUGUUAAUUUGGGCUCUGUGGCCGCAUAUCCUCUUCUUUCCGGGAGACCUCUUACAGAGCAAGAAGAAGCAAUCUCUGGCGAAUUCGGCAUUGAAAUAUCUCUAAAUAUCCUAUGCGGCGCUUGCAACAUGUGGCUGAAAGUUGUCGUGUAGAAAGAUCACUUUGAAUGUCUUUUGACACAAUGGAGGCGUUUAAGGUUCAAUGUUUGACUUGAUUGUGCCAAAAAAUGAAGUUCCCAGCGAUGUUUCCGCUAUCUGAUGCAACCCAGAAUAUCAGCUUUCUCCGAUGAAUAGUCGGUUUGACCGUUGGAAAUGUAGCAAAAACAUCCAAAGUUUGUCUUGGGAGCAGUUGAUCGCACAUAAAAAGAUGACAUUCGUCUUAUUUUGUUUCGAUUUUAUCUGAAGCCCAAUUUCUUUGUUUUAGAACCAUACCCAUGAUGUUAAAAUUGUUUGAAAUCAAUUGUUGAAGAACACCCACAGGUUCAGCGAACUCUUUCUAAGUUUGACAUGAGUAUUGGAAUUAUGACAUCUCAAUCUCAGCAUCUUGAGUAAACCGCAACUUUCAUUAUCAUAUUUUUUCCCUUUAUUUAUUUAAUUAGGCUCAAGUGGAUAAAGAUCCUUCAUCAAGCAGUAUAUUUUGAAUAUAUUAUACCUACAUUAUAACUACAUAAUCAUAAUAUAAGUCUUAUAAGCUAAAACUACAGAAUUCGUUAUCAUGUGACCAAUUUUAUUUACUACUGAAUUUUAAUGAAAAUUGAAAAUUGUGCAUAUGCAAAAAAGUUUCAAAAAAAUCGGAGAGUGUCGUGUCAGCGACCAGCUGAUUUGGCGGGGAAUUGCUCUAUAACUUCACAAAGAUGAUCAAUUGAGGACCCUUAGUUUUGUACUCACGAUCGCUUAGCAAGCGAACGCGCAACCAUUGUGGCUACGAAGACCCCCUUUUAAUAUUAUCCUGUAUUUUUACUAAUCUAAUUCCAAAACUCUCCUUGUGUACAAAAAAAAAGCUGAUGCCAUAACCUUCUUGGACGAUUUUGACACAUUAAGUCAGUUUUAUUCUUGUAAAAGAAGGAAAAAGAUUUUGAGAAAACCUCAUAAGAAUGCCUUUUCUUUAGUGGAAUUUAACGACUGCGACACCCUUCUAUGCAUUAACACUGAAACUGACAGGAGUUGAAAUUUUAUGUGCGUUCACACAAAAGAUGAGUACUUACAAAACGGUUAUACAUUAGUUCCAACCACUUGCAACUUGCUACUAAAAAUACACUCUAGACGUGUUUUUGGCAUCAAAAAAUCAAUCAAGUGCUAACAAACAUUAUUUCAUUUCAAGCUAUACUUUCUGAUAAAAAAAAAGCACGGGACAGUCAUGUACUUCAUUCGUACCAUAAAGGAGACCAUUGCGACAUUAAACAUGAUUUCUAGAGUCAAUUUUUCACUUCACUGAAGCAAAUGAAUAGUUGAUAUAACUACUCAUAGCAGCAGUAUUGAUUAUGAUUCGUUUGAACCAACAUUCUCAACAGCUGUGCGUAACUUAUUCUCUCAGCUCGUCGCUCGAGCACCAAACCCAUCAGUGAACUUGUAAAUAUAGAAAUAUAUAAUAAUUAGCAUAGACCUACCUAAAAUGUGGAACAUGAUAAAAACUGAUAUUGAUUAAAGAGUUGUAAAAAUAUGUUAUAUGGUCUGCAGAACAUGCAACUAGUUAAACAAAUCGCUCUUUCCACAUCUUUCACCCUCAUCAUUCGUAACAACUUGAAGCAAAAAGCGACAUCCUGAAAAACUUUUCUGUAACUGUUAGGUAAUAUAGAUGGAAGCUGAUGUAAAACUAGAUCAACUUUUGCCACACCAGUACACGAAAAUCCAUGACAUGGCUGAAUGAAAAAGUUGAUGCUAUAGAUUAUAUGGAACCUACUUUACAUACAGUCAUUUUUAUCAUCAUUCACGUAUCACACACUUUGUGCAUAUUUAUUUUCAUCUCCACUCUGAGUGACACGAAUAUGAGAACCUAAAAUAUGUAAACAUACAACUUUACCCCGAAACAGAGAACAAAAAUGUAUCAAAUAUGUGUACACAGUUAAAAUUCAGGCAAAUGAUGGAAACUGAAACCAACCAAAUAAAAAAAACAAGUUCCCAUUGCGUCGAAAGUCGAAAGGCAAACAUUGAAGGUAAACAAAUAGCAAAUGAAAUUGAAGGCAAAAAAAUACUCUCUACGUGAAUGUAAAAUUGUAUAUACGAGUGUCAGUUAACCAACAACCAACCACCCUAUUGGAAACAAUGUGUUAUUCCCUGCGCGAAUGUUUACCCCCUUUCUCCCUUAACAGAAGCAGCAACAGAAACAACAAAAUUAAAAAAAUUGAAAAGCAUCAAACCGUAUCGAUUGACACUGGUCGAAAAUGACGAUGGUGACGAUGAUGAUGAUGAUGAAAAAAUAGACGUAAUUUAUACGCAGAAACAAUACACAUACACAACACACAACUCGAUUUAAUAAAAAUAUA